AUGCCGCCAAAAUCCAAAGAAAUUCCAACAAAAAAGCCUUUACCUCAAAUUUUACGACCUAGUAUUAGUGGUGCAAGUCUCAACUAUGUACCAGACAAUGCUUUAGAUGGAUACCAAGAACGCAUAGAAACUGGGAUACCUUGGACUCUAACAGAGGAAGCAGCUCGGCAUCAUAAGCAUGAGUGUUUCAAAAAAUAUAUUCCAAAACUGCAAUUGACCCAAGCACUUCAGAACAAAAUAAAUAAUAGUAUUAUGUGUGGAUUCUUUGACGAAAAAUCUAAAUUUAGCCUUAAGGACCAGUGGGAUAUUCUUCUACCUAUGACUUUAUGGGAUAAUGAAAAAUUUUCGAAUGAAGAAAAAAAAAUCUGGUUUCAAAGUUGUAAUUCAUUGACUAACGACAUGAUACAAUUGAUUAAACGAGCUGUACAGCACGACGAUCGAAAUGUGCUUAAAAAUGAUUUUAAAAUGGUCAAUGUAUUAAGAGUGACCGACUGUAAGAUGACAGAAAUGGACAACGGGUUGAAAGACUUUCUAAAUUUAACGGUGCUGAACCUUUGUGGCAACUACAUCGCAGAUGUGAAUUCAAGUGUCCUUCCACAGGGAUUACAAAUGCUGGAACUACAGGCUAAUCGCAUUACUAGCGUGGGCACAUUUGCCGAACACUUACCUAAUUUGAUUUACUUAGGACUGGCAAGAAAUCUUUUGUCAAAUGAUAGCCUUGAUGGUCUAGCCAGGUUACCCAGACAACUCACCGUUUUAGAUCUAUCUGAUAAUGACAUCUGUGACCUAGAACCAGUACUAACAGCUUUAUCAGCACAUCCCAACCUUGUCGCCUUGCAACUUACUGGAAAUCCCUGUUCUUUGUGCGCAGCCUACGCCCGAACCAUUUUCAUGCGCUUACCGCGUUUACAAUGGUUAGAUACACGUGAGAUCUUGCCUACCGAUAGACCUGUAGAGCCAUUCGAUCCUCAUCCUGAUGACUUACGUUCCGCCUAUUUUAAUUUCACUGUCUUCCGAAUUAUGUCCAUUCCUCCACCACCAAAACCAGAUAAGGGAGCAAUAACAGCAUUUCACGUUGAAUUUGAAUUACCAUUACUUGACUCUACACGAAGGAACUUCCUAAUGUUCCGGAAUAACGAAUCACUGAUAGAGAUGUUACCGCCAUCUGAAGACGAAGAGUCAUCAGACAAAUUAAAUCCGACAAUUGUGAAAAGCAAAAUAACGAUUGAUGCUGCAACAUCAUCCCAUGAAUUUGACAUUUACAACCAAUUAAGAACAAAGAACUCGCGCGAAAUUUGUCACCUUAAAAUAUUUGAGAGCAAUCGCGUCCAAUGGAAUAAAAUAAUGAACUUUCAAGAGCCAACCAUAAAAAUAUUCUGCCCAAAUCUUACUGCUCUAAGAGAUACUUUCCGCACUGUCGUAACAGUUAGAAUAAUUUACACAGUGACGACAAUUGGCAAACAAAGCAAAUCUGACAAGAAAAGUGCUCAAUAUCUGAAGCAACCAGGAGAACAACGCGUUACAUUAGCUACAAUAAAUUGCGCUCUGAAACAACCAGACUGGAGUCAACAAUCUCAACAUUUUCAUUGGGAUGACUCAUUGGGUACAAAUGACGCUAUCCACUGGGGAGAUGGCGAUCUUUCUGUAUUGCAAUAUACUUUGGCAGCUGUAAAAACACCUAAAGGAAAACCAGAUUCUGACCCAAGCUCUACAAAACAAUUUCCACCUGAAAAUUUGACUUGUCACUUUGGAUUUGGAAUAGAUACUUUACGUGUU